AUGGAGCCCAUUUUCACCGCUGUCUCUAGCAACGCCAACCAUCUUUACACCCUGUUGCGGUGUAUUGGCUUCGCCUCAAAGGCUUCUGUUCAGAUCACGCCAGAGGGAAUUCGCUUUUCCGUUGAAGAAAGCCGGGUGAUGCAGGGAUUGGCGUUUCUAGACAAGGCCCUCUUUACGACUUAUAGCUUCAACCCACCUCCCGGCCCCAAUAAUAACAACAACGACAACGAUGAUGACUCGGACGCCGGCGUAUUAUAUCCCCAUUUCUUGAUCUCCCUUUCCGCUCUCCUGGAGACACUCCAGAUUUUCGGCAUCAGCGAUAACAACACGUCAGCGAGUAGUAACUCGUUCGCAGCAGCAACAAGUGCGCAACAACAGAACCCCACAGGUUCAGACGCUUUCACAACCCCGGCCUUACUUCUCAAUCGGUCAUGCACAUUGCGCUACUCCCAUGUCGGGAGUCCUCUCAGCAUCAUCCUUUCCGAAGCGGGCGUAACGACGACCUGCGAACUCACGACCUACGACCCAGACGAUCCUUCCUUCGGUUCGGCGGCUGGCGAGCUGGACAUCCCGCUGCAACGCGAUGCGAUAAUAAUGAAGAUCAUCAUGCGAUCAGCGUGGCUGCACAAUGCCAUAACCGAACUAGAUGCGACGAACCCAAACAUCCUCACGAUCUCCGCAUCAGCCAAGCGAGAACCGUUCUUUGCACUCUCUGGCUCUGGUGGCCCGUUCAGCGAGUCCACCGUCGAGUUCUCGAUAGAAAAAGACGGCGAGGGCAGUGGAAGCUCGCUAUCUCACACCCAUUACAAAGUCCUAACUGGGGACGGUAGACCCCAGCCUUCGAAGAAGAAGUCCAAGCUCGCUCCUACAGUAACGGAGACCUUCCUCGUCAACCCACCGUCAUCCAUGGGCAGUCGCGUCAAACAAAACUACCGCUUCUCUCUAAUCCGCAAAGCCGCCCGCGCAAUGGCCGUCGCCAGCAAAGUCAGCAUUCGCGGCGACAUACAGGGCGUGCUGAGUCUGCAAUUCAUGAUCGAGCUCGGGGGAAAUAAUGACAGCAACAAUGGAGCUUCUUCGGGAGGUGUGCCGCUGCCGAGUGGCGGCUUCGGCAGCAACGUGAGCUUCGUCGACUUCCGGUUUGUGCCGUUGGUCGAUGAUGAGGAGGAGGAGGACAACGACGAUAGGGAAGUGGGAGAAGAGUAUGAUGAUGGUGAUGACGGAGGAGAGGACGAUCUGUAG